AUGUUUGUGAUUCAAUGCCAGUGUUACUAUGGCGUGAUGUCCAAAAUAAUGAGACCCAUAUUUGUUUUCCGCGGCCUAUGCUCGCCCUUUCUUUCUAUGUCUAUUCUUACCCAGGCUUUGUUCAUUGUUUAUGGUUCCUAUUACUAUUUUUUAUUGUGGUUCUUUCUCGUCUUCUGCGAUGAAGGCGAAGACUAUGUCUUCCAAGAGUUUGUCCAUAAUGGCUUCAUUACUGCUUUUUUUCUUUUCUUCCCUCCUUUUAUUCACAAGGAAUCCGGCGUCUUACAAUUCGGGUUAGCAAGGUUGUCUACUGGGAAAUGUCGAUUACACGGGGCCAGUGAAAUGAGAGAUGGAUGGGGCCAAAAACUGGAAAUAAGAUGGGGAUACACGGGAGUUAUCAUUACUGUUUAUUGUCCUCGCCUUGAAGCCUUCACUCUCGGUGCGGAGUGUACAUUGUGGGACACAGAAGAACGAAAGGACCAACCAACAAGAAAGCCGCUCCCCAAAAAGGUGAGAAAAAGGAGUUUCAGUGUUUGCUAUUGCUCAUGCGGUUUUAUUGUUUAUAAAAACUUUCCCUUUCGAUGUGUGACUACCAAGACGUGA